UUAAAGUAUGAUUUUCACUUCACUUGACUGGCAAUAACUCUAGCUGUAAAAGGAAAACUUUUUGUUUAUUUAUUUUCAGCAAGAUAAUUAUGCGAAUUUUGUUUAUUUAAAUUUGAAAUGUUAUGGCUCAUAUAUUUAUUCUUUCUAAAUUAAAGAAGCAUGGGUUUAUUUGUCUGUGGACCUGUGUUCAGAAUACGAUGCGAAAGUUAUUUAUCGCACAUUAAAAUUUAUCAAAACUCACCCCGAGUUCUGGUAUCAUGUCUAAAAGUGAGCUGAAAAAAUUAAGUGAAGAGAGUUUGACUAGGCAACCUGAAGAAGUAUUUGAUAUUAUAUGUAAAUUGGGAGAAGGGAGUUAUGGAAGUGUAUACAAAGCACUCCACAAAGAAUCUGGACAGGUUCUUGCCAUUAAACAAGUUCCGGUUGAUACAGAUCUUCAGGAGAUAAUUAAGGAAAUUUCUAUAAUGCAACAGUGUGAUAGCCCUUAUGUAGUUAAAUAUUAUGGAAGUUAUUUUAAAGGAACUGACUUAUGGAUAGUGAUGGAAUAUUGUGGUGGAGGAUCUGUUUCAGAUAUCAUGAGAUUGCGAAAGAAAACACUUCUUGAAGAAGAAAUAGCUACUAUUCUUUGUGACACUCUUAAAGGGCUAGAAUAUUUGCAUUAUAGACGAAAAAUACACAGAGAUAUCAAAGCUGGUAACAUCCUCUUAAAUACCGAAGGCCAUGCAAAACUUGCAGAUUUUGGAGUUGCUGGACAAUUAACUGACACCAUGGCUAAGCGAAAUACUGUUAUUGGAACUCCAUUUUGGAUGGCACCUGAAGUUAUUCAAGAAAUCGGGUAUGAUUGUGUGGCAGAUAUAUGGAGCCUUGGAAUAACAGCAUUAGAAAUGGCAGAAGGAAAGCCUCCAUAUGGAGAUAUUCAUCCAAUGAGGGCUAUAUUCAUGAUUCCUGCUAAGCCUCCUCCAAGUUUUCGGGAUCCUGAUCAGUGGUCUUCAGAGUUUAUUGAUUUUGUAUCUAGAUGCUUAGUAAAAAGUCCUGAUGAAAGAGCUACAGCUACGGAACUUCUGCAGCAUGAAUACAUAAAAAAUGCAAAACCUGUCACAAUAUUGCAACAAAUGAUUGCUGAAGCAAAAGAGAUUCAAGAAAGUGAAACUUAUCGUAGAGAUAGGACCAAUAACUUGGACUUUGAUGAUGAUGAAGUUGAUUCUCACACUAUGGUAGAAUUUGUGGCAGACUCUGGCACUUUAGUUCCAAGCAACUGUGAAUCAGAUGAAAAUAAUACAAUGAUUGCCCACAGUGACACCAACACUUUAGUUGCUAACAGCGACAUAGAGUCUGAUCUAGGCACUUUGGUUAUUAAUAGUGAUGGAGAAGAUGAUGAUUCUACAAUGAAACGUCAUGAUACUGCUCCAGGUGAAAAGAAAGAAAACUACCGCCCAUAUUUUUUAGAUCAUUUUGAUAAAAAGGAAAGAGAACAACUGCAUAGAAAUGAAGCUAGUGUAAAUAAUAGUCAGGAAUUUUUGCCUCAUUCUGGAACUCCUCACCCUAAUCAUUUUCAACAAAAUGAUGUCAAAUCAAACACAUCAAGCAACAAUUCUCUAACUCCAGAAAAGAGGUUUUCCAUUCAACUUCAACGCCAACUGAAUCAGAUUAGUAAUGUUGGUCCAUCAGCUGCUCUUCACGAGGCUACCAAGUUUCAACGUUCUUUUACUGAGGGCGAUUUUGAUUUUUUGAAGGUCCUUAGCUAUGAUGAGCUUAGUCAACGCAUGGCUAACUUAGACUCAGAGAUGGAACGAGAAAUUGAAGAAUUGAGGAGGCGCUAUCAAGCAAAGAGACAACCAAUUCUAGAUGCCAUGGAUGCAAAGAAAAAAAGACAGCAAAACUUCUGACAGUUUAAUUUUUUUCAUUUAAAAUCUUUCAGCCCCUCUUAUUGUGGCAUUUGCAUGAUUUUAUGGCUGUGUAUUCAGCCUUUGCCUUGUGAUGGGAUUGUGAUAUACAAAAUACAAGCCUGCCUAUGGAACCUAAAACUCUUUGGAAUGACUGUUCUGUUUGAGAUGUGAAUGCACACUGUAUGUCAUUCAGUUAUAUUGAAUCUUUGGUCAUUUAAGACUGAAAUACAUUUUGUCGUUUUCCCUAUUGCUUUAUGAUUUCCUAGGUUUUUUUUUAACCAAACAUAUUGCAAUAAAUGCCAUGUAUGUUUUUGAGUCUAAAUCUUACCCAGUGGAAUAACAUGUACAUUAAUAUAUUGCCUAACAUUCUCAGUCAAAUCAUGAUGUGUAUAGCUAUGUGUUGUCAUUGUACAAAGUUAUUAUAAGGUGCUCAUCACUAGUCACUUAAGAUGAUCUAUUGCUGUAGUUCCUACAGGAACCAAGUGCCAGCUUGUAGAUUUCGAAACAAGAGUGAAUUGUUCCUGCAACUAUCUUUAAAAAUAUUUACCUGAUAAUUGUUAAAUGGAAAUCAUUAUCAUUUUGUUUCUUUUCUUAAGGUUUACUUCACCUCAUAAAGUAUUACUCUAAAGGUAGUUACAAAUUUAGCUUAUUUUCUUUGAAUGAUUGGUACAGUUUACGAUUAGAAUUUUGUGUGUAACUGAGAUUUGGUUCAAGUUUUUCCCUCCCAGUUUGUAAAACUAUUAGAGCAAACUGUGUACUCUUUAUUACUCUUUACUAUUUAUGUACUCUUUAUUUUUAAAAUAUUAACACAAUAGUGUUAGUUUUAAAGGUCUGAUACUGAAUUUACUCUAAGACUAGCAUAGUUUCACUUCUCAAUACAUGCCAUAAUGGUAAUGUGAAUGUUUGACUGUAUUAAACUCUUAUUUAAAUAGACUUUUACUUUUAUCUAGUCAGUAUAAAAUUUCAAAAUCUUGCAUUUAGAAGAAGAUAUUUAUGUUUUGAAGGAAAAUAGUAGAGAACCUUCUUAUAUUUUUUGUUUUUAUUUUUCAUUUAAUAUUUUUUAUUCAAGUUAUUUUGUUGAAGUAAUUUUUUUUAAUAAAAAAUAUAUAUUCAUAUAUUUUUUUAUUAAAAAAGUGCAACCUAUAACAAGAAAAAUGAUAUUUCUUUUCUAUGCGUAAAUUAAAUUUAGUUGUUUGAAAAUUUUAUGUAAUUUCUAUUAAGUUAUUCGAGUUCCCUUUGUGUUAGAUCAAAAAUGUAAUACUUAAGUUUAUCUCAUUUUUAAGUGAAUCUGAUUGUUAUGAUUAAGAUUUUAGCUAUUAUUAGUUUGAAAAUAGGUUACUAUGUGUAAUAUAAAAUCCAUAACAAUGAAAUUUGUCACUUUCUUUUUCCAUUCUGGUUGCAGAAUUAGUGUGGCACAGCAGUGGGCAUCAGAUUUGCAUUUUUGUCUUCGAGAAGAAAUUUUUUUUCCUGACAGAGUUUUUUUGAAAGAAAAUUUAAAAUAAAUUUUAGAAAAUUUGAAAACUGAAUAUUAAAAUUAACUUUUCAGACAAAAUUUUGUAAGACAUCAGACUUUAGUUUUCUCUCUCCUUAAAUGAUCAAUUCUAUUGACUUUAUAAGCACUACAUUAUUCAGGAGUAGAUUCUAAACAUGUUCUCCUGUAUUAUUAGUGGAGGGAGAAAAAUACCAAUGUCUGAAGAUCUGAUGUAUUGUUAUUUAUUUUUUAUAAAAAUAGUUAAAAUAAAAUAAUUGCAUUGUUUAUAAGAACUUUUUUAUUUUUAAAAUUGAUUUGAAAGUUGUAAGUUGAUAAUGAGAGUUAAACUAAUAAACAGUAAUAACAUUUUAAAACUAGUGAUUGACUAAUAAAUGAAGAACUACUAACUUAUUAUGAAUUAUUUCUUUUAUUAAUUAUUGAGUAUGAUCUUUAAUGAUCCAAUUAAUCUUUUCUGUUAUAUUUAUCUCUGAAACUGUGGUUUUAAAAAUUGACUAAGAUCUGAGAUCUGUUCAUUGUUGUUUGUAUAUUUAAAAAAUCUAUAGUAAUUUCAUUUAUAUCAAUUAUGUUACUUACUAAUUUCGAUUACCAUUAAACAUGUUAUGCUUUAUUUAUAAUUUAUGUUACCAAUUAUUUGUGUGUUUUUUUCAGAAUAUUCAUUGCAAAAUAGUCAUUUUACUAACAAGAAGGAAACUAUUGUUUUAAAUACUUAUAUUAUUGGUUGAUUAAUUUAUUUCAUUCUACAGUUAACAUGUUCUAUUAUUUAUCAUUGGAUGGUAGUCUAAAAUGAAAACUUUGUCUUUUAAUUGGUGGAGACCUUAAGAGAAAAAAGUACUAAGUGAAAUUUUUUGUGAAUUUAAAUAAAUUAACUUUAAAGCUUUUUUUGCUACAUUACUAAAUUACUGUGUUUUUGGUAUAUUUUUUAAAGGCAUAUCAAUUACUAUUUUGGAGUUAUAUUGAUUUGACUUUUUUAAUUUAGGAAACUUUUGUAGGUUUUUGCAGUACACUUCCUUCCAUUUACAUAAAAUUAAAUUGAUCCAGAUUUUGAAUGAAAGUAAAUUUUUAAAUUAUACUAAUGAUUAUUUUGGAAGGUGUAAAUUAUUUCAGAAUAAUUGUUUGAUAUAAUGGUCAAAAUUUUUAUGUGUGCUGCACAUUACAUGCUAUAGAGUAUGUUUUUAAUGUGUCUCAGUUAAUAUGUAUUGACAAUUAAUAUGGAUCUACUCACAAAAAUAUUUUUCAAUGAAUUUUUAUUUUUCUUCCAUCUGUGACUGAGAAACGCAAAAGGAAAUUGAGAUAAAGCUUCAUCUCUAUUUCCUGUUUGAAGGUUUCCAAUUAGCAAAAUUUAUAACUCCUAUUACUUAUUUAAGUUGUUUCCUUCCUAACAUUUCAAUUUCGAUGUCCCAAUAUGCUGAUGAGAGGUUUGUUGACUGUUUUUAGCCAAAUGCACUCAGAACCUUCUUUCACUUAAAAAUUAUCCACUGAAAAAUUAUUACUUAAUAUGAUCAUCAGCUAAGUUAUUUAAAAUUGAAAGAUUAUUAAUUGUUAAAUAUAACUAAAAUAAGUUUUUCUCAGAGAAAUUACAAUUCUUUUUCUAAAAUUAUAGCUUAGUAUAGCAGUUCCCAAUUUUGUUUGGCUGUGGAAUCCUAAUUGAUCCACUUUUUUUUUUGGUGGAGCCGCAGAAUUAUAAAAAAAAAGUUCAUUCGCAGCUGUGAAUAUACUAAGCCAAAAAAACUACUAAUUAAGACUACUUAGGCUACUAAUUAUUUUGGAAAAUAUAUUUUAUGUGAAUCAUAUGAAUUUGUGUUUGUAUAUGCUUAAAAUGAAUAAAAUAAGCAGAAUUGCGAUUUUUACAGAACUAAUAAGCGUUGAGAGUAGUUAUCAGAGAAACAUAAUUCUUUAUUAUUGAAUUUAGUUAUUUUAUUUGGAAUUGAAAUUCUCGAUGAGUAAUUCCUAUUGAAGUUUUUAUAAAUGCAUAUGCUUUUCUUAAUUUCAAUAUAUUACUAUUGAAAAACAUUUUUUUUUUUUGAAGUUAGCUAAUUUUUUUCCAUUAGCAAAAAUAAGUUAAUAUUAACAACCAAAAUAUCAAAUAAAUUAUAGAUUAUUGGUUUGAUAUUGAUUUAACUAUUAGUGGUUAAAAAAAUCCUAACUUUCAGAAUCCUUGUAAUCCUUCCACGAAGCCCUAGGGCUCUACAGAACACGUUUUUGAAACAGCUGAGUUGGAACAUUCUUUCACCGAGCACUUUAAUUUUGCCUGGAAAUAUUUUACAUAGUGCUAAGCAUUUUUUUUUAUUUGAUCAAUCAAUUUUCUGUCUUUUAAAAUUCUUGAAUGCUUGAAAUGAUCCAUAGAAAGUGUUUUGUGCCUUUCCUUUGGAGUCGGGUUGAUUGAAUGCCUUUUCUCAACUGAUGGUAAAGCUCUUCAUAAGUAUGAAGCUGCUUAAUAUAUUUUUGUAUUGUAAUUAACCUGAAGCAGUUAAUAUUUUAACAGUGUAAUUAGUAUGAACUAGAAACAUAUCAGGAAUAAAUUUGGUCACUGAUUAAUUUUUGCUUUAUCAUAAUUUUUAAUCUGCUAUAUUUCCAUUUUUUUAAAGUAAAUGUAGGGAAAAGAUAAGAGUAAUAGUUCAAAAUCAUUUUUUUAUUAUUUGAAGCAUAAAAUGUGUUAUAAAAUUAUUAUUUUUAUAAUUUUGCUUAUUAUAGGCUUCAAACCAGAGCAAGAAUGUAAAUUUAAUGGUUUUUAUUUGAGAUAAGUAAAUUCUUAUGUAUUGCUUGUUAGCUUGGCAAUGUUCUGCCAUUAGUGACUGAGUCCAGAGCAGUUUUAGCUUAAAUGUCUUUUUGAAAAACUUGCCAUUUGUGAUUUCAUAGAAGACAAAUAUCUUCUUUAUUUAAACUUUUUUGAUAGUUGAUUUGUUUUUUUAAUACUUCUGCAAUUUUACACUGGAAUUUUUUCCUUCCCCUUUUUUUUCUAUCACUUUUUGCAGUGAACUGACAGCAUAUUAAAUUUUUUGUAGACUGUUGUUAAAAAUUUACAAAAUUUCACAAUGUCAAAUUCUAGCAAAUUUUAUUACUUCUAUUGUAUUAGCCAUUACAAUUUUUGAAAUCUUUCAAUCUAAUUAUUGCAUUUAAAGUUUACAUUAAUAUUUCACAGUUAUUGCUUUAAGAGUAAUGUCGAUAUAUUUGUACAUGAAUAAAAAUAUAUUUAUUUUUUUGCAACAAAAUAAACACAACUUUCAAUUUCUGUCACAAAUUGAGAUUUGUACAAAUUCUACUAGUUUCAAAUGGCCUUAUUUCUUAAGACUUUGAUUUUUUAAAAUUUUCUAACAUUUUUGAAACUAUCUUUUAAAACUAUUGCAGCAAAUGUAGUUUUUCUCUAUAAUUAACAUUGUAAAAUUAUUUUCAUUUUUAACAUGAGUGCUUCUGUGAAGUGAUUAAAUGUCAAGAGAAACUGAAAAAUAAAUUUACAAUGAUAAAAAUGUAAAAAGGAAUCAACACUGAAGGCUUGGUUAAUUAUUUUUAUAGUAAAUGGUAUUGCAGUCUGACUAACCAGACAUAGUACAAGAUAAGAUGCCAAAUCAAUUCAUUUCACAAAUGGCCAAUGUACUGACAAAGGGCACUAAUAUGGAGAUUUUUUACAAAUUUGUCAAAAAAACCCGUAUUUAAUAUAUCUAUUAACUCAUGAAAGGUUUUUUUUUUUCAAUUUUUAUAAUAAUUUGGACUUUUACCUGCAUUUUGGUUUAUAUCUGGAAUUACAAAGUUGUUUAGUCUUUCCAUUAUAUUUUUUUAUCUAUGAUGUCUCAGAAGAAAUUUGACCAAUAUUUAAAAAAAUCAUUCAAGCUGUCUGCUCUAGCUUCAUAUCUACAGGACCUCCCUUUUCCCGACCUUUAUUUUUCAUUAUGAAGCACAUUUUUUCUGUGUGGCAUCUUUUAAUUAUGCUGUUAGCGAUUGGUCACCUUUUGAUUGUCUUGGCAUGACUGCACAGACUGCAGUGCCA